AUGAGGUUGUGGUCUGGUGCUCAACUGAAGUAUAACACGGCAAAUCAGAGGGCAUGCUGCAUUCAGCUAACUUCCUCCUUCAGUAGUUACAUGAUAAGCCUGCUGUACUGGAAAACACAGCAUGUAUAAAGACUGCUGCUCAACUUGACGAUGUAAUUUCUUGCUUUCUCAAAUAAGCAAAGUACAGCUUUAGCAUGUCGUCCAUGAAUGCAUCAUGUCUGCUGGUAAACUGCUCCUGUUCCACAAACACAACUGACUGGGAUAAAGCUAUGAAUCAGUUGUACACCUACUUUUACCUUAUUAUCUUCAUCCCAGGCCUGUUGGGAAACACUCUGGCUCUGUGGGUGCUGUGUAGAUUCAUAAGCAAAAAGACUAAAGCCAUCAUCUUCAUGAUCAACCUGGCAGUGGCUGACCUGGCUCAUGUCUUAUCACUGCCACUUCGAAUUCAUUAUUACAUCCAACAGGAUUGGCCCUUUGGAAAUGAGUUAUGUCUCCUAUGUUUUUACCUGAAAUACCUUAAUAUGUAUGCUAGCAUUGCCUUUCUGGUCUGCAUCAGCAUCCAGCGUUGUGCCUUUCUCAUGCGGCCGUUCUGCACCAAGUACUGGAAGCGGCGCUAUGAUGUUCGCAUUAGCAUUGCUGUGUGGGUCAUUGUGGGUCUCUCUUGUUCACCUUUUAUUUUAAUGAGGAAAGGAAAUUCAGGAAAUGACAGAAGCUGCUUCAAGGACUUGCCAACGUGCAAAUUGGAUUCUCGCUUGGCCAUUUCCAUUACGGUUACUGCAGAAUUCUUUGGAUUUGUGGGCCCAUUGAUUAUUAUUGGCUUCUGUACUUACUUAAUAGUGAACUCUUUGCAAAACAAAUACUCUGGACAGCAGUCCACUGGUGACAAGAAGAAGGCCUUGCGUCUGAUAAGGGUUUGCACAGGGGUCUUCAUCUUUUGUUUUGCCCCCUACCACAUCAGUUUCCUGCUCUACCUAAUGGUAUCCCAGUGCAUUAUUACAAAUUGUGAAUUGGCUUGGGCUGUCAAAAGGUUUCAUCCCAUUUCUCUCUGUAUUGCAAGUCUUAACUGCUGCCUGAAUCCACUCAUUUAUUACUUCUUGACCACUGAGUUCAGGGAGCAGUUGUCCCGCCAUGGCAUGUCUGUCCUCAGAGGGCGUCUGAUGAGCACAGAAAGUACAUCUUCCUGUAAGAACUGAGUAAUAAAUAUACAUGCAUUAGGUGCAUCUAAAGUAUACUAAAACCGAAAAUUAUUAGGCAGAAAAAACAUUGACUGAACUGAAGAAGGAUAACUCUUCUUCAGUUACAAGACAAAUUCAAUCUACUGGCCCAAGAAUUUAAUACUAUCUUGAAAAAAAUGUCUAAUUUAUAGAUUCUAUAAUGGCACACUUUUAUUCCAUUUUACUCAAUAAAACACUUUACAAUCUU